UGCAUAUUUAUACUCAUAGAAAUUAGUUUUUAAGAGUUUAAUAAUAUAAAUUUUAUUAUGUAGUAACUUUUACAUAAUUUAUUUGUUAUUGAAAAAAUUAUUAUAUUUUUUUUUAAAAUCCCUAAAUCUAAUACGCAAUCCUUAAUCAUAUAAAAACUGGUAUCAAUUUGAGAUUAUGGAAUAGCUGACGUGAGUAAUCGACGAACAUAUUAACAGCCAUUGGGUAAUUUUUUUUUUGUGUGUUAUGGUUUGUCAAUAAAGCGUUUGGUGAGACCAGUAAAAAUAGGGUAUUCAGUUUUAGGAAAACACAUGCAUCAUAUUUAAACGUAACUUUCUAGAUAUUGUAUUUCAAAAUAUAGUUAGUAUUGUUAUUUUCCAUAUAUAGUGGAUACUAAAGUAUCUUUAAAAUAUUUGAUUAAUCAUAAAAUAAAUCUGAAUGGUUGUAUUUAUUGUUGCAGAAAUUUAUUAAAAAUAAUAAAAAAUGACAGUGGCAUUGAAAUGUAAAUAAUUUGAAAAACUAAGGACAAAAUCUUAGUAGGGAUUUUGCUUUAAUAGUAUAGAUAGAAUGUAUGAAACGAAUAAAAGAAAUAUGGGUAAAUGAAUGAAAAAAAAGGACAUGAUAAAAGAAUAAAAAAUUGGAUUUGAAUUCUAAAGCAAUUCGCAAACUGUAAGCUAUUGAAUUAUUUGGUUGAAGUUUUGUUUUUAUAUAGAUUUUCUCGUUGAGAUAUCAUAAAAAUGUUACGUAUAAUUAGUUUUAAUCCAAAAUGAUGAUAGAGGGCUUAUUACUCACUUCUCAAACAUGAUUAGUUUUUAGAAAAGGGUAUACAUGUCAAGUGUAUGCAAAUAGUGAGAUAACAUCUCUGUUCGUUAUCUUCGACUUCGAGACUGGGAUUUUCUCACUUCUCACUGAGAAGUUCUCAGAGUACAACAUAAGGGUCUAAGAGGUGCUAGCUGGAUUGAGGAAUUCAGAAGAAUGUAGCAGAACGUUAAUAUAAGCCACUACUCACUAGUUAAGAUUUAAGAAUGGUUGAUUUUACUGCUAAACCCUUUUUUUUCCUUUUCCAAGUGGAAAAAUAUAUAUACUUGCAGUUGUGGCUGAACUGUUUAGUUGGCAUACCGUUUUAGAGAUAAUACACUUAAAAAGUUUAAGAAAUUGUAAAAUUUUAUUGGACAAAUAUAUGAUGAGGGAGGAUAAGUGCACAAUCAUAAUUAUAAAAUAGAAGCAAAUUUUCAACAACAAAAAAAUUCACAUGUUUUCAUAUAGAUUUUGCUACAUAAGUUCCUUUCAUGUUUUCAUAUAGAUCUUAGGAAGCUUAAUCCAAAUCGAACCAACAUCAAUUCAGCUGUUAGCAUUUAGACCCAAGACAUGGAAUAAUUGAGUUGUUUUUACCUAACUCCAGGUUUCCUAUAUGUUUUGUCGUUUGUGUGGGGCUUGUGGAAUGCAUGUUAUUGGUCCAUUAUUUUGGCAGCAAAAAUAAUGUAGUUCUUAUAUUUCAUGACCCAAGAGGGUGAUUCAUAUUGUUUCGGUAUCAUGAAACUGUUAUUGUAUGAGUGAGGCCAUGUUAUUAGUAUGAAUCAAGUUUUGGUGAAUUAGGUUAGAAACGUUAUAAACAACAUUCCUCUUAACAUGAUCUAUUGAUCGGAGUAUCAUUUGUUUAAGAAAACAAAAAAACUAAAAAGGGCUAGAUACGAAUUUUACACAAUUACACAUCAUAUACUCUCAAUUUCCAUUUAAGCCCUUCGAUUUAGGAUUCAGUAGUAAUACAAAUUAAAAGAUCGCAACAAAGUCCAUCAACAACAAUGAAUCAUGAUGGUAACAAAUUAAAAAAAAUAUCAUAAAGACAGAUGAAACACAGAUUAGAACUUCAUCUUCGACAUUGUGGCUUACAUUUGGCUCACCUUCAUAUACAAUCCGAGCAGUAAAAUAAAAAAGAACCGUCAGAGAAAUUGAAAUCCUUCUAAGAAAAACAGAACUCUGAAUAAUCUUGGAGUUUGAAAACAUUUUCAUUCAUUAGUAAUGUGUAUGGUUGCUCCAAUGGUCAUGCUAAUGGUCUGAUCAGGAACCAUCCCAACGUUUAGGCGCAGGAGAUAGACCGCGAGUUACAUAAUUAAUGGCGUCCACGAAUGCAAAAUCGCCUACGCAUUUUUCUAAGCCCUCCACUAAACGGUACGAAUCUUGUGGAAACAAAUCAUCAACCUUUUUUUUUAUCCUAUAGCAAAAUGUGAUACUUGAUUAUAUAUUUUGUAACAAAACAUGUACUUGAUGAGCUCAUUUCAAAGCUUAGACCAUGCGCAUCAGGGGCUUUAGACGGGUUCACGGGCCCGAGUUCUAAGGCCAGAGUGAUUAAAAAACAAUUAAAAAUGGGUUUGUCUCGAUGAAACGGGCCUUACGGUUGAUCCGCUAUGAAGCGGAUUUAGCCACGCGUCAUUUCCUGGUUGGACGAGAGAAACCGCGUAGAGGGGGAGGAAAGACGGGUUUCCCCGUGUCUCUUCUCAUUUUCUCUUCUCGAAACAAAAGCUAGGGUUUGUUGUGUGAGAGGCGAUAAUACGAGUGACGCGGAGUCUUGACGAGAUUCUCGUUCAAAUCGACGACGGAGAGUCUUCUCCACGACCUCUGAUGGAUCCCGCGGAUGAGAGAAGCCAUUCAAAGAGACAAAAGGAGUAUUUUGACAUGCUACAAUACACUUGUGAUUCAGAAUAUGGGAUUCCUAGAAGGUGUUCCUGUGGUGGGAGAAUCAUCGACGAGGUUCGAGCCAAGGAGGAGUACGACACUCUUCCUGGGAAGAGGUUCUUCACGUGCGUCAACUACGAGGUAAUGUGGGUUUGAACCUCCUGAUUUUGUUUUUACAUUGUAUAUAUUUCUUGAAAAACCACCUCUGAUAUUUGUUUUGUUCCAAACAAGACUGAUGGGUUUCACUACCGUCAGCCUUGGGUGUUUGGUGUCCAGGAGCAGAUGGAACGCUUACUCAAGCGUCUUGAGGAGGCUGAGGAGGUGAUGAAGUGGGUGCCGAGUCUCAAAAACAAUAUUCAGACUCUGGAGGUGAGUAAAUGAGUUUGUAUAUCGUCUCCUAUAUUGCUGCAAUUUUUGUAAUGAGUGAGUAAAUGAGUUUCUAUGUGCAGGCCGAGGCAAAAGGGCUGAGUGACCAGGUUGAUCGACUAACUGGGGAGGUUUACAACCUGACGGUGCAAGUGUCUGUGCUGGAGAAGCUCUGCUUCGACUAACAAGCAAAGGUAAACACUCAAUCUUAACUGAACUAGAACAGAACUGCAAGUAGAUGUUGGUUACUUCGUAGGUAGAAGUGAAUUAGGAUUGUAUUAGGUUGAGUAGAGCAUUAAAUGUUUAAAAAUGUAUCUGUUAAAAACAUUUAUAGUUUUUAAUAACUUUUCAAACUCUUCACUAGGUAGAAUACAACUCGUACUUGAUGUUUAAAAACUUAUCGAAAAUUUUAAAAGUGAUUUGAUGGGUAAUGAAUGGUAACUGUGAAUAAGUUGUUGUGUAAUUAAGUUAAGUAGUUGUGUAAUUUACUGCAGUAGUUGUUGUGUAAUAAAGCAAUGCGAAAACUAGUUUAAAACAUAGGCAUUUCACUUCUAAAAACACAAACAAUCAAACCUUAAAAAUCACACAAACCCCUUAACAACAAACCUAAAUCACACAAUGGACCCUUUUUCCCUAAACUCUCACGGGUUUGUUAACUUGUUAGCUUCGCAGAGCAGUCCUACAAUAGACGUAGACUCUGCUGAGGCACCUGUUAGCUCUCCCGGGUUAGUUAAACCAGCGGAAAGGAGAAAGUGGACCACAAAAGAAGAUCUUGUGUUGAUUAGUGCUUGGUUGAACACCAGCAAAGAUCCAAUAAUUAGUAAUGAGCAGAAGUUAGGGGCUUUUUGGAAGAGAAUUGAGGCGUACUUCAAUGCUAGUCCUCAGCUCAUUGGCUCCAUUCCUAGAGAGUGGGGUCAAUGUAAGCAGAGGUGGGGAAGGGUGAAUGCAGAGGUUUGUAGGUUUGUGGGUUCCCAUGAGGCCGCUCUGAAGCAGCAAGCUAGUGGGCAAAGUGAAAAUGAUGUCAUGAAGGCGGCUCAUGACAUCUAUUUCAAUGAUUAUAAUGUCAAGUUUGCGCUUGAACAUUGCUGGAGGGAACUUCGGUUUGAUCAGAAGUGGAAGUCACACUCUCAGCCGAAGGAGAAAAAUAAGGAAUCUGGUGCGGAGCCGGUGGCUGAGGAGGCAGAGGUUAGGCCUCCAGGCAUUAAGGCUUGCAAAGCGGGGAAACGCAAGAAGCCAGACGACGUAGCUUAUGAUAAAAUACAUAGCAUCCUAGCUAAUAAAAACACCAUUUCCAGACAAAAGAUCCUUGAUCGUCUGCUAGUAAAGGACACACUUUCCCCUAGUGAAGAAGCUCUCAAGGAGAAACUCAUCUCUGAAAUGCUUUGACAUCUCAUGUGUAGGAACUUGUUUGAAUAUGAUUGAUUGAAUGUGUUGUCUAAUUGUUUUGAUUACAUUUUGAAUGUGUUCAUUGAACUUGUGUUUUCUUUUGCAGGUACCGGGUGGGAAAGCGUCUUGAAGUCACGGGUGUUGAAGGUGAAGGAAUCUCUUGUCUUUUCUCUGUUUGAAGCCACGGGUAUGAUGUCAGUUUUUAAUCACGGGUAGAAAGUGUAGCCUUUUGUUUCAUGCUACAUCUUUCAUGUACUAUGUCUAGACUAAAUGUCAUUUCGAUUCACGGAUGUUGAUUGUUGUAAUGUUGCUGCUGGUUCACGGAUGGUUGUGUAGCCUUUAUCUAUGUGUAAACUUGAACUCUCUCCCUUUAUAUAAAUGUAUUGUCUUUGGUUAUUGUACAGAACAAGGCAAACUUGAACUCUCUCCCUUGACAAACUUCUCUUCUAUUCUAUUAUUUCUCUUCUUUCUCUUCUUUAUGUCUCUUCUAUUCUAGGCUCUAUUCUUUCUCUUCUGAUCGUGGUGCUCUAUCUGAUCGUGUAACAACAAGCUUCAAACCACAACAACUACUCAACUUGAACAACCUUCACAACCUCAACAAGCUUCACAACUCAACUUGCUUGAAACCACAACAACCUUCAAACACUCAACAACAAACUCAAGGUAAGUGAAUAAUGAAAAAAAAAAGAUUAAGAAAAAUAUGAUAGAAUUAAUAUAAUUGAAUUAAUAUUAAGUGAUGAAGUUGAUUAAUAUUAUUGAAAAAUGAAAAAAAAAGAUUAAGAAAAAUAUGAUUGAAUAAUGAAAAAAAAAAUUAAGAAAAAUAUGAUACAAUAAUGAAAAAAAAAAGUGAUGAAGUUGAUUAAUAUUAUUGAAAAAUGGGACAAAAAUAAGAUUAAGAAAAAUAUGAUAGAAUUAAUAUAAUUGAAUAAUGAAAAAAAAAGAUUAAGAAAAAUAUGAUACAAUAAUGAAAAAAAAGUGAUGAAGUUGAUUAAUAUUAUUGCAAAAUGGGAAAAAAAUAAGAUUAAGAAAAAUAUGAUAGAAUUAAUAUAAUUGAAUAAUGAAAAAAAAAGAUUAAGAAAAAUAUGAUAGAAUAAUGAAAAAAAAAGUGAUGAAGUUGAUUAAUAUUAUUGAGAAAUGGGAAAAAAUAAGAUUAGGAAAAAUAUGAUAGAAUAAUGAAAAAAAAAAGUGAUGAAGUUGAUUAAUAUUAUUGAAAAAUGGGAAAAAAAAAAGAUUAGGAAAAAUAUGAUA